CUCACUCUCUAUCCAAAAUAAUUAAAACGAGGAGAAACCAAGAAGAAGAAAAAAAAAAAAAAAGACAAAACUUUGUUAUAAAAAACCAACCUUAGAAUCGUGGUCUUUGUAAUCUGUCUUUACCUUUUCGUUGGAUUUCUUCAGACAAUCAUCGGAAUUUUUUCCUUUCCUAAGUCGAUUGAUUUCUUCAUAGCUUUUUUUUUUCUUGAGGAAAAAAGUAAAAAAAUUUCGACUUUUUUUUUCUCUUCUUUUCCGGGUUUUAAUUUGAUUAAUUUUUGUCAGUAAUGGAUUCUGAUUCAUGGAGUAAUCGUCUUGCUUCAGCUACAAGGAGAUACCAGCUAGCCUUUCCAUCACGAUCUGAUACGUUUUUAGGGCCUGAAGAGAGAGAUGGAGAAGAAGAGUUCAUGGAAGAGUUUGCUUGCCCUUUCUGUUCUGACUAUUUUGAUAUUGUAUCUCUCUGCUGCCACAUAGAUGAAGAUCAUCCUAUGGAAGCCAAAAAUGCGGUAUGUCCUGUUUGUGCGGUUAGGGUGGGUGUUGAUAUGGUUGCUCAUAUAACCCUUCAGCAUGCUAAUAUAUUCAAGAUGCACCGCAAGAGAAAAUCAAGAAGAGUUGGGUCACAUUCCACGUUAUCAAUCUUGAGGAGAGAGUUUCCUGAUGGAAACUUUCAGAGUCUUUUUGGGGGGUCUUCGUGUAUAGUAUCUUCUUCCUCAUCCUCCAAUGUAGCGGCUGAUCCAUUGCUAUCGUCGUUCAUUUCGCCUAUUGCUGAUGGUUUCUUCACUUCGGAGUCAUGUAUACCUACAGAAACAGGUCGUAGCAAGAAAAUAUCAGUUCAGAGUUUAACUGAACGGAAUGCAAUAAAACCGUCACUUUCAGCUGAGGAUCACAAGCAGAAGUUGAAACGGAUCAAGUUUGUACAAGAGCUAAUGAGUUCCACAAUUCUUGAUGACGGCUUAUAAUGGAGUAUUGUUCUGGUAACUUCUCAGCAAUGAAGAUGCACGGAAUUAUUGUUUGUGUGGAGCAAAUAAAGGAGAGUGCUUUCUAGGGAGAAAGAGAGAGAGAGAGGGAGGGAUUAUGAGUGUAACACAUUAGCUUCUAUAGUUAACGUUCGAUUUGUCUGUAGGUAAUGUAUCUAUUUCAUCAUAUUUGCCUUCAAUCCUUCCUUCACAAUUCCUUAAUUAGUUUUGGUUUACGCUUUGGUUAGUCUAAUCUUAUGUUGUUCUAUUGCUUAGCAAACGAAAUGUCGUGUUGGGUUCCUAGUUUUGGUGUAAAUCUAGACUCUACAUUUAUGUCUUA